AUGGAAAAUCAAGUGGCCAAAUUUGAAGAUGGCGAGUCAGAAUGGGCGAUCGAUAAAAUCCUGUCUCACUCCAGAACCCGCAGUGACGCCCAGUUUGAAAUACUCUGGAAAACUGGAGAUGUUACUUGGUUACCCUAUGAACAGAUAGCUGAGUUGGAUGCACUAAAGGAUUAUUUUAGCUUACGCAGGGUCAAUAAUGUUUCAGAUCUUCGGGAAGGGAGUGGGGGUCAUUCUGUAGAAGAACCCCAGGUGUUGUUAGGGCACCUCUCAUUUGACGUCAACAUGUAUAAAACCCACAUCGACAAACCUCCCUCAUCAUUUCCCCCAUUCACUCCUUCCACUAUGUUCGGCCUCAUUAUAUCACCUCGCAUCCUCCUCAUCACAGCUAUCAUGGUACCACUACUCACUUGUGUCAGCAACUGUCACUUCAUCCUUCCCCAUGUGCUCGCAGAGGGAGAUUUGAUGGUUGUAAUUGACCUCCUCCACGUGUACCUCAAAUACAAUGCUCAUUUAAGGGCUGGCACUGCUGUGGAUCGUGCUAUGCCCACAGGGUAUGGAGAGUUUGCCCUGGCGUUCAACACCAUGCAAUCUCUUGCCUCUGGUACCUCACGAUUCACAGAGGAAAGGACCCACAGCCCUGAAAUCACUGGCCCAUCACCAUCCUUCACCGACUUAGUCAGGGACAACAUACCUGCAGAGCCCAACAAUCACCCUACUCCUCAGCUUCCUGAGGGCAGACACUGGAUUAACCCCCAGCACAUCAAACUCCUAGAAGAAGUGUUGUGGCAGAACCUUGAGACUACCAAGAGAAAGCAUGAGUGGUGCGAGUGCGCUAUCACCAAGCGAAAGGGCAAAUGUACCCAUCCAAGCUUCAGCUCUGGGGACAAGUAUAACAAAUACCUAAGGUUUAAAAGUCCAGUUGUGCAACCAGUCAAAGACCAGCAGACCAAACUGUACCGCAACUUUUUAAGACCAAAUUUUUGGUUUUGGUUUCCCUUUAUUUGA